AUGGAGCCAUCAAGAGCCACUGUCAUCGUGCCUUUGUACAUUUGGCCAUGCAGCUCGGCCGACUGGCAGCCACUUUUCGACACAAUCUUAGCUCAUCCUUCUGUCGAAUUCCUCGUAAUCAUCAAUCCUAGCAGUGGCCCAGGCGCCGAACCGCUUCCAGGCCACGACUACGAGCGUGAGAUCCCAAAACUGAAUGCGUCGCCCAAUGUAACCACUAUUGGAUAUGUCCGCAUCGACUAUUGCCGCAAGCCUCUGCACGACGCUUGCGAGGAGAUCGACCGGUACGCAGGAUGGAUGCCGAGUUCUGGAAGCGAUGUGUCUGGGCUCGGCUUGCAAGGAAUUUACCUUGAUGAGACGCCGAACCACUUUUCUGCGGGAAGAAGGCUGUAUCUGGAAGCGCUACAUCAGCAUAUCAAAAACACAGAGGGCCUUUUGGGCCAGCGAUUGGUUGUUCACAAUCCUGGAACACCCCCCGAUGCAGACUUGGCGAGUCCUGCCGUGGUGGACAUAAUCGUGACGUGCGAGGAGCCCUAUCAGAAGUACGCGGGUGACGAAACUCAGCAACGACUACAAGACUACUUCAUCCACCGCUCCCGCUCAGCCUACCAGAUUUCAGGGGUGCCGAAAGAGCUAAUCCGAGAGGUGACCCGCGAGUUGCGAAGGAAGGGUGCCUAUGUUUUUGCCACUAGCCUCACGGAAGACUUCUACGAGGAUUUUGGCGCCUGUUGGAAGGAGUUUGUGACUGCUAUGAAAGUGGAUUGA